AUGGUUAUACAGUUCAUGAUGAAACUAUCUGAUCAGUAUGCAACCAUCAGAGGUAAUAUGUUAAUGAUGCAGAAACUACCUAAGGUCACUGAAGUUUACAGGAUGUUUGCUCAGGAGGAACAGCACAAAGAGCUUACUGUUGCAAGUUCUUCUCACACUGAAUCUCACUCUGAUUCUAUGGCCUUUAUGGCAGAUAAAAGAAAAUUUCCUAAUAACAACACUAAAUCUUCCAGCAACAAUGUGAAAUACAGUAACAAUUUCAAGAAAACCAGCUACACUAAAGGCUCAGGUGGAUCCAAGAAUGAUAAACCAGGCUCCAAAUACUACUGUACACAUUGUGAGAUUCCAGGUCAUAGUAUUGACAGAUGCUUUAGAGUUCAUGGCUAUCCUGCCAACUUUAAAGGCUUCAAGGAUAAAAAGGUGGCAGCCUUGUCAUCUAAUGAAGAAAUGAUCAUGGAUACUAAUGAGGAUGCUGCUGGACCACACUUGUCCAUGGAUCAAUACAAUCAGCUUAUGAGCAUGCUCAAGGCUGCACAACCAAGCACCAGUUCCUCCACUCAGGCUAUGGUGGCAGGUAAUAACUUCUGUUUACUUUCUUGCUCUGAAUACAACUGGCUACUUGAUAGUGGUGCAACUGACCACAUUUGCUCUGACCUCACAAAUUUCUCUGACUAUAAUAUCAUACAUGAACCUGAUAAUUUUAUUACUAUUCCUAAUGGAGCUAAAGUUCCAGUAACACAAAUUGGUUCUGUGAAGCUGACUCAUGACAUUAUACUUCAUAAUCAAGGGAAGUUGACUCUUCUUGGUAAGCUGAAGGCUGGUUUAUACAAUGUCCAAGACAAGAAGGUUUGUCCAAGUGUUGCUAUUGCUGAUGUCUCUAAUAAAACUUGUCUAACUGCUGUUGAAGAUGCAAAAUUGUGGCAUCUUAGAUUGUAUGGUGUGCCUCCUUCACUAUCUCACUUAAAAACUUUUGGCUGUCUUUGCUAUGUUUCCACUCAUAAACACAAAAGAUCCGAGUUCAAUGAUAGAGCCAAGCCAUGUGUCUUCUUAGGUUACUCAGAUUCUCAAAAAGGCUAUAAAGUUCUAGAUCUUGAUAGUAAUAAACUUGCUGUCACUAGAGAUGUGUAUUUCCAUGAAAGACAUUUUCCAUAUCACCUGUUCUAUAAACAUUCUCAUCCUCCUUCUAAUUAUACUAAUGCCAUAUACUUGCCAUCUUGUUCUGCUCCUCUCUUUCAUGAAUCAACUUCUGACUCUCUUGAUUAUUCUUCUCCCUCUAGCAUCUUCCCUUCUCAUGAUGUUUCUCACUUACCUACUUCUUCCCCUAUUGCUGAUGUGGUUGCUGAUAUUUCUCAUCACCCACCUACACCAGCUUCUCCUCCUCUAACCUCACCUUCCACCUUACUUGACCUCUCUGAAUCUGCCUCCUUACAACCUACUCUACUUUGCAGGUCUACUAGACACCACAAAACACCUUCCUAUCUCCAAGACUACAAAUGUAAUUCUGCUUCCUCUUCUACCUAUCAACCUCACUGGUGUAACCUUGUCUCUUAUUCUCACUUUCCUAACACUUACAAAGCUCUUAUAUCCAAAUCAUGUGAACUUACUGAACCUCAUAACUACACUGAAGCAUCCACUGAUCCUCUAUGGGUAGAAGCUAUGAAUGCUGAGCUAUUAGCCUUGGAGACUAAUAAUACUUGGGAGUUGGUUCCUCUUCCCAAAGGCAAGAGAGCUAUAGGCUCUAAAUGGGUCUACAAAGUCAAGCUCAAAGCCAAUGGUGAGCUAUAA